UGAUGUGCAAGAUCAUUGUUUGAAUCAUGUUGCGCCGGCCCACCAGGCUUCACUAAACUAGUAUCGGUGAUUUACUCUGAUUAGGCUGAAACUGAUAAUCUCUGUCGCAAUUCGUGUUGCGCAACUUCUGUCGCAAACAUGGCAUCGGAGGAUGAGUCGCAAGCCGGUGACAAACAUCACGACGACAAGGAUUGGGAGCUUCAUAAGGAGCAGUUCCGGGUCUGUUAUAUUGACAACAACAUGACCAGAAAAGAUGCCGCACAGUAUCUGAAAGACAACUUCGGCUUCGACGCAACGCCCCGGCAAUGGGAGCGCAAGAUCAAACAAUGGGGCUUUUCAAAGUACUCCAGUCGGGAAGAUCGACUUCAUCAGAUUGCCAGUACUGGCAAGUCCAUCUAUGAGGUUGGCCGGCCUGGCCGUCGACCACGAUCGGCACACAUGGGUGAAGAAGGGAAGCUCCAUCCCUACGAGGAUCGAAAUCUGCGGCGCUUCGCUCGCCGAGAAGCCAGUCGCUCUAGGUCUAGGUCUAGGUCCGCCUCAUUCACCGACAGACCUCGCCCUCGGUUCCAAAAUGAUCUCGGAGAAUCCUCUUCCACUGCAAUCAUAGACCAGACUUUCAACCUGAACCUCGCUAAUCCGACCGCUUUUCACCCACCAAGUCAAGGUUUCACUGUUGCUGCCACUCCGGCUGCAGGGAAACCCGAGCAGCCAGUUCAGUUACACCUACUACACGAGCAGAAGGCCUCUGCUUUCGGCGACCUCGAAGAGCCCGAGCUAUUUUUGACCGUCGACGACAGUCAGUACGGCGCCUCUAACAACCAGGACCAAUUCCCAGACUUUUCAGGCGGUCUGAUGCCAGUCGGAAGUUCACUGGGAACUGACGCACAUACACCAGAUCUACAAUUUUCGAUGGGACAGAAUGAUCCCACGAUCAACUAUGCCUUCCCCAAUGACUCGUCUGCCAACUUCGACACUUAUGCGGUCUCUACCAACAUAGAUAACGGGCUGGUCAACAACGGUAUGAUGGGGGACCAGCUGUACAACGAUGUUCGUUUAUCGCAAGGGCAAAUGAACCAAUCGAUCAUGGACAAUAUUCCAACCCUCAUCUUUGACGCCGUCGACCCGGAUCCGAUCGGCAUGGUAUCUCAACUGGAUGAAACAGACUUCAGCCAAAUGAGCGACAUGGCGGACAUAGUCUCACUCACAGCUUCAGAAAAUAGUGGUCCUCUGCAAAACGAUGUAAUGCCGUUGAUAGAGGAGUACACCAGAGAUAUCCAGGCCGCGGCUUGGGGGUGGGUCACGAGUCAACAGUACAUUGGCACUUCUGGUGACAAGCUUGCGGCUAGUCUCGAUCAGCCUGGACAAGUCUUCAAAGUCAGAAUGACCAUAAUGUUGGAGAAUUUUGCAAGCUCACAACAACGCGCUUUACAGGCCAUGAGAGACAGGUGUAACAGGUUAAAGAAAAAGAAUGAGACUUUGGAGGAGUUCAUCAACACCAGUGAGUCUGUCAAGAUUUGUGAGAUAUGUGGAAUACUGAUAUUAUGCAGAUGGUGGUGUCCAGCCUGUGUCUACCAUAUCUCCCCUGUCUCCAACGCCGUCGCACCACCUGCAGCAUCCAAAUUAUGUCGCUCCCUAUACCAAUUUCUGAAGUGGUAUAGGUCUUCGUUGAUGCGAAGCAUCAAUCUAUCCAUAUAUCAGCCAAAGAAGGGAUCACAUGUCAGAAUCGCCCUCGGCAAAACAAAAGCCCGAAGUUGAACACGGCAGGAGAUCGUCAGCCGCACAAACAAUCCAUCCCUCGACUCACGAAUCCUGUCUGUACCAAUCAAUGAGUCAAUCGACCGCGAGGUUUCGUCUCACGUAGCUCUUAUCUAUUAUGCAUUUAGAUGAUAGGCGGGAGCACACAGCUUAUCGAAUAUGCUGAUAACUCUCUAUGACCCUGAUUGCCUGCUGCACAAGACAGUGGAGUUGCUCGGCUCAAAGCUCAUUCCUGCAUUAGAAUCACCGGCACGGCUUGAGGCGAUCCUGGAAGCUUUGCAUCU